ACGUGACCAAAAUAAUUCGUGACGUCAAAAUGCAAUAUGGCGGCCUUCGUUGGAUCAACGUCGUGUCAGUAAUCUGGUUCAUUUUUUACUUUAUUGGUAAAUAAUUCUGAAAAGCCACUUUUUGUUUUACUUAUUUUUUUAAUUUUCUGGGGUGGGGACUUUUCACCGAAGAUGAAGACCCUCUGCGGAAGAGUGAACCCGACCACCGGAGCGCUGGACUGGGUCGAGGAGGGCGAGGAGUACGACUACCACCAGGAGAUAGCCAGGUCGUGUUAUGCUGAUAUGCUGCAUGAUCACGACAGGAAUGAGAAGUAUUACCAGGGCAUCCGGGCGGCUGUAGCCCGAGUAAAGGCUCGUGGUGAGAAGGUGGUUGUCCUGGACAUCGGGACGGGGACAGGCCUGCUGUCCAUGAUGGCCCUCACUGCUGGAGCGGACUUCUGCUACGCUGUGGAGGUCUUUAAGCCCAUGGCUGAAGCAGCUCAGUGCAUCGUGGAGAAAAACGGCUUUUCUGACAAGAUCAAGAUUAUCAACAAGCACUCGACAGAUGUGACCGUAGGACCGGGAGGAGAUAUGCAGGAAAAGGCGAAUUUACUGAUCACAGAGCUGUUUGACACCGAGCUGAUCGGUGAGGGAGCUCUGCCCAGUUAUGAGCAUGCUCACCAGAACCUGGUCCAGGCGGACUGUGAAGCGGUCCCUCACCGGGCCACCGUCUACGCCCAGCUGGUUGAGUCGGAUCUUCUGUGGAGUUGGGCGCAGCUGAAGCCAGUGGAGGUGGAGGGGGCUCGUCUGGUCCCACCGCCCGCUGCAGGCUGCUGUGCCGGGGCUCAUUCUGUGUGCGACAUCCAGCUAAGCCAGGUCCCCCCCACCAGUUUCACCCCUCUGAGUCCUGUCUGCACCAUGUUCAGGCUAGACUUCAGUAAACCGGUAAGCAGUGCCCCCCAGUUCCACUCCUCCAGGUUCUCCGCUCAGUCUGGUGGCCGAGCUCAGGUUGUCCUGUCCUGGUGGGACCUCCACAUGGAUCCCAGUGGAACCAUCGUGUGCUCCAUGGCUCCCAGUUGGACGUACCCACAGCCAGAGAUGGCCCCAUGGCGGGAUCACUGGAUGCAGAGCGUGUACUUCCUGCCUGCAGAAAGCUUGGUUACCGCGGGAGACGAUCUCAGGCUGACAGUCUGCCACGAUGACUACAGCCUCUGGUACAGCCUGCAGUCUCACAGGCAGCAGGAAGUACCGUCAGAGUCUCCUCCCUCCCGCCCGUGUUGCACCUGCCAGGCUCACCUGGUUUGGACUCGGCCCCGUUUUGGUGAACUCAACGACAGGCAGCGUACGGAGAGCUACGCCGCGGCUCUACGCAGCGUUCUGCGCGACGAUGGUGUGUGUCUCUCCAUCAGCGAUGGAAGUCUGCUUCCUGUGUUCGCUCACAUGCUGGGAGCCAAGAAGGUGUUCAGUCUGGAAAACCGCAGAAUGUUUAAACAGGUUAUUGAGCAGGUGUUGGAAGCAAACUCAGUGCGAGGAGGAGUUGAGCUGCUGGAGGUCAGACCCGAUCAGCUGACCAGCAAUGACCUCAGAGGAGAACAGAUUUCAGUCCUGAUGGGUGAGCCGUUCUUCAGCACCAGCCUCCUGCCGUGGCACUCUCUGUUCUUCUGGUACUGUCGCACAGCCUUGGCCGGCCUCCUGCGAUCCGACGCCGCCAUCCUGCCCGGCUCCGCCUCCCUCCACAUGGCGGCUGUGGAGUUCCAGGAUUUGUGGAAGAUACGAGCUCCAUGUGGAACCUGUGAAGGCUUUGAUGUCACCCCCAUGGAUGAAAUGGUCCAGCGGUCUCUGGAUUUCCGUGAGUCCCGUGAGGCGGAGCCCCACCCCCUCUGGGAGUACCCGUGUCGAGCUCUAACUCAGUCCACCGCUGCCAUGACCUUUGACUUCACACAAUGUGUCCCUCAACAGCCAAUCAGCAGCCAGGGCUCCCUACCUUUCAUACGAGCUGGUUGUUGCCAUGGCGUCGCCUUGUGGAUGGAAUAUCACCUGACUGAUGACAUCACCGUCAGCGCAGGUCUAACCAAACCAAUCAGUGAUCAGGGCGACUGCGAGUGGAGUCGACACAGGAAGCAGGGAGUUUACUUCCUCAGGCCGGCGUGGGAGAGUUCAGGUGACGGCCGGGCGGCGCUGUCCUACAGCUUCACCUUUGAACCCAGUUUAGGAGACAUUAAGAUGGACUUUAGCAUCACAAACCAGUGAUUCUGGAGAGGCUUCACCUCCGUUUUUGUAUUUUGGUGCCCGUUUAACACGUGUGGUUACGAUCAUCAUUACCAUUUGCCUUUUAAUGACACAUGACCGCUCUCAGGAUGAAGCAGGCUGCAGAGUUUGAACUUUCUACAUCCCAGAAUGUUCUUCUGAAAAAGUUUUGCAUUAAACAUUAAAACCAUUUAAUGCCAACUGA